AUGAAUCGCGACGAUGUAUCUAAUCAUCUAAAGAAAUAUCAACGUCAAAAUAGUCGAACUGAGUUACACGAAGCCAUAUUAGAGAAUUGUCGACAUUGUAUUGAAAAUGCCAUUGAAAAUGGUACUCCAAUAGAUUUAGUUGAUCACAAUGGCCAGUCACCAUUAUAUUACGCAUGCGAAAAAGGUUAUUCUGAGCUAGUUGAUUGUUUACUUGAACAUGGGGCUCGCCACGAUAUAACUGAUGUAAAUCAGCAAUCACCCUUAUGGAUUGCAUCUAAAAAAGGGUAUGAUCAGAUAGUUUUGUUGCUAUUGAAAAAACAAGCAAAUCCUAAUGAACGAGCCAACGAUGGCACAACACCUAUUUAUCAUUCUUGUUAUGCAGGUCAUGAAAAAUGUGUUGUUCACCUGACAUCCUAUGGAGCUGCGGUUGGUCUUGCUAAGAACAGUGGUGCAUCACCAUUAUUUGUUGCUUCUCGAAAUGGACAUCAUUCCAUUGUUCAACACCUUCUUCGAAACGGCGCCGAUCCAAAUCAAACACAAAAAGACUUUCGUUCAGUCCUUCAUACAGCGUUACUGUAUAAUCGAACAUCGUGUGUUCGUGCAUUACUUGAACAUAGUAAUCCAUAUUCAUCGGAAAAUCGAGAUAUUUACGGAUGGACACAUUUACAUUUUUUAGCGAAAAAAGGAAGUUUAGAAUCAGCCGAAAUCUUAUUCGAUUAUCUUCGAGAUCGAAACAUUCUAAUCGAUUUAAAUCAACAAGAUGUAUUUGGUAAUACAGCACUUCAUAUCGCCAUUUUCAAUCAACAGAUUCAAUUUGCAAAGUAUUUAAUGCGUCAAGGAUCAAAUCCCGAGCAAAGAAAUCAUUUUGGAUGGACAUCAAACGAUUUACAGAAACGAUCUGAAGAAAACGCCGAUUUUCUUCAAUCAUCAAUUCAUGCAUUAGAUUAUCAUUCCGUAUUAUUCAAACAAAUAAUUGACCAUGAAUUUGAAGAAGAAAUCAUGGAUCAUGAAAUUCAAAAUUAUAUUCGAGAGAUUAUUUCAUACAUUCAUCAACUAGAUCCAUUGUUUUCAGCUAGUAUUAUUCCAAGUGGCUCAUUUUAUGAACGAACUAAAGUUGGUUUACCCGAUGAAUUUGAUUAUAUGAUCAAUUUAGAUAAAAUACAAAGUUUAUCAGAGUAUUUUCAAGACGAUAAAGAUCCACCCGGAUUUGCUGGAUUAACUCUACGAAAUAUUGAGGAAGCAAAAAUCAAAUUGGAAUCUUAUCUUGAACCAGAAAAGCAACGUUUGUCAGCAGAAAAAAUUCGUCUACAAUUCUAUCGAUUAUUAACCUCGGCACGAGCUCAUGUUAUUUCCAAAGAUACUAUAACGAAAUUUAAACAUCUAAAAUUUGAAUGGACAAGUAGUGAUAAACGAUGCGGAACAGCUGUCCAAGCCGAAUGGUAUGGAACAAAAUAUCCACAUAUAACGAUUAAAAUCGAUGUUGUGCCAUGUUUAACCAUUAAUGAAUGGCCUCGAACAGCUAAUAUUACGUAUCCAUUUGAAAAAGUUCAAUGCCAUUUAAUAGCUCGAAGUCCAAACGAUGAGCAAACCUAUCUUUGGCGUAUAUCAACAUCAGCAGCUGAAUUAUUUUACUUGAAAAAUUUACAUUACGAACAACUUACAGCUUAUUUAAUUUUAAAAAGUUUACGCAUUUUGAAUCCAUUUUCAUGUGAAAUCGAUCGAAUGAAAUACGAUGGUGACGAUUUGAUCUCGUCGUACAUGCUCAAGACAGAAUUGUUCUAUGAAACAACUCGAUAUCCAAGAAAAGAAGAAUGGACUGGAGGAAAUUUAAAUCUACGAAUUUUAACUAUUCUCAAACAUUUACAGAAACAUUUACUUAUUGGUUCAAUAAAAUCAUUUUAUAUUAAAGAUUAUAAUAUUAUUGAUCUUGACGAUUAUAAACGCUUUCGCACGUCGGAAAUUCGAUAUAUUCGUCUCCUUUUCUCUCAAUUCCGAGAAAAAACUUUGAAAUUUCAGCAGAAAUCAACACGUCGACAUACUUUUACAGCGCAUAAUUCCAAUAUGCGUCCCGAAUUACUUCGAAUGCGUUCAUUGGCUGGAAAUUUUCUUCAGUUUUGA